UCGGGAAAGUUUGCGAGCUCGUCAUUUCUCGAGGCGCCGAGAUCGGCAGCUCGCCGGACAAUACUCUGGAGACCUUCUGGCGCAUGCCUCACCGAAGCAUACUUGGCCUCCAUUCCGACUAAGACGCCUGUUCAUCCCUUUGACAGUGGCGAAGACGAGAUGGCUUUCCAACUCGACCACGUCGUCCUACUCGUCCCCUACGACUACCUCGCCAACCCGCCCUCCUGGAUCACGGACAACUUCACCCUCAGUCCAGGCGGCAGACACGGCGACAACAAAACGGAGAACCGCCUCGUCCUCUUCCGCGACGGCACCUACCUAGAGAUCAUCGCCUUCAUCAACGACGACCCGGAAAACCGGCGCGGCCAUUGGUGGGACAGACCCUAUGGCGUAGUCGACUACGCCCUCACAGCCGCCCAACCCAUCGACUACGAUGCGCUGAUCAAGCGACUCGAAAAGUCCGGGACGGGCAUUGCGUACGCCGAACCUAAGUCUGGAGGCCGGAUGACGGAUGGGAAGGAGAUUCGAUGGAAUGUCACGUUUCCCCCGGGGCCGGAUAGAGGCAAGGUGCCUUUCUUCUGCGAGGAUGUCACGGAUCGGCAGUGGAGGGUGCCAAUUACGGAGCGGAAUACUACGCAUCCGUGUGGCGCGCUCGGCAUGGCUGGUAUUCUGUCGGAAGUGAAGAAGGAGGAUCUCGACCGGUUGUCAACGGCCAAUGCGGCGGCUGUCGACUCACCGCAGCAGUCGAGCCACCGCUACGAGAUUGGGACGCCCAAGGCGGUAUCUCAGUUGAAGAAGCCUGCCAUUCGACUUCAAGAGGCUUUGAAGGGCUCGGAUCGGAGUCUAUUUCUGAAUCUCAUUUUGCAGACUGGGAGAAGGGAAUCGAGCAGGCCCAUCUACGAAGUCGUAGACGGCGGCGUCGUCAGCAUUCUCUUCGAAUGAUGCAGUUUGUUUUCCGAUCAUGGCAGUGCCAGAGACCCUUCCGAAGAAGGUGGCCCCCUCGGAAUCCCAAUGCGUCGCUAGUUGCACGAUAGUCAGCCUCAACGCAGAAUGACAGCAUGCAAGUUGAGAUCAUCGGACGCACGAGGUAGACCGAAUUAGAAAGCGAAGCAGUACUCGUCUCCUCCAAAUUGUUCCGUGAAACGAGCAUAUAUCGGCCCAAGAUAGUCAUAGCAGACACCAACCAGUGCACGAUUCGAAGCACAAUGAACGGGUUUUUGUA